AUGCGGUCGGUGUUGUCGAAGGUGUCGGUGGUUUUGGCGAUGGUGCCUGCCGUCGUGACGGCCCAUUCGUGGAUCGACUGCUUCGACACCAACCACACCAAGAUCUACGACCAGAGCGCAUCGUACAUCUACGGCGGCUCCGGCGGCAACGGCUUCUGCGACGGCUAUGGAGCGGGGUAUCCUGGCCGCGGCGACACCGACAUCGGGACCGAGUACACCUUCAAGAUGCUGGAGAACGAGGUCGAGGCCGGCACUCCCGUGUGCCAAACCGUGGCCGCCGACACGUACACGAGCACGGACUGGCGCAAACGCAUCUUGGUCGCGCCCGGCGUGACCGUCUACUUCGCGUACUUGCCCAAUGGCCACAUCGUCAAGGACAAGAAGGCCAUCGGCACGCAGCACGGCGUCUACUGGACGGGUCAAGUGGGCUCGGCGCUCACGUCGACGCUGGACAUGACGCACGAGUACCUCAUGGACGGCUACACGAUGGACUUCGACGACGGCAACUGUGGCGAGUCGUACGACUACGAUGGGAACCCGGGCGGGCGAGCGGGUGACGGCAAGCCCUGCAUUGGCUCGUUCGUGGUUCCGACGGGCACGGCUGCAGGCAUCUACAGCAUGGUUUGGUACUGGACGUUCUGGCUGGACAAUGAGGCGUCGUACGUGGAUCAGUCCCAAGCUCGCGGGUACUUUGGUGCGGCCUACUCGACGUGUUUCGAGGUGGAAGUCACAGCCGGAAGCGGCAGCUCAAACGCUCCGGAAUCAACUACCCCUGCACCGCCAGCCACAACAGCAACGCCUAGCGGAUACUCUACGUUCGACGCGACUACGUUUUCAUCUUUGGGCGGCGACGAGGACAGCGUUGGGACCGUUCACCCAGCCAGCACAAGCGCUUCGGUUUCUGGCCCUGAAUCAUCUUCUAGCGAUGAGGCAACAGCCACGAGCUCUUCGACUUCAGACAGCAGCUCAAGCAGUUCGGGAAGCGAUGAAGCGGAGGUGGGAUCCGACUCGGCAUCUAGAUCCGAGGCGUCAAAAGAAGAUUCCUUUACAUCGUCGUCCUCAUCAACGGUAAGUGCGUCUGCCAACGCGGAAACUAGCUUUUCGCUGACGGCAUCACAGUUCCAGUCGUGGGUGGUUUUGAUUUUGGCACUUGCUGCUGCCACGGUGGCAUUGUAA